UUUUGUACAUGGGAGGGAUGGACACUCUCCAGCCAAGGAGCAGAGCCUCAGUCUGGGCAGCCAGGAGUACCAUCGCUGCCUCCCUCCCCAUCACCACCGCCACCACCACCCGCCUGCAUCCCGUUUUGGACUAGACGCCCCGCACUGUGACACUGUCUACGAGCGAGGGGGGUUACGGUUGUGUGACUGUGUAUGUGUGUGUGUGUGAGAGAGAGUGAGAGUGAGAGAGUGUGUGUGUGUGUGUUUCAGCCGUGGAGCAAAUAAAACCCGGCAGCCUGCUGCAUCAUUCGCUCCCCCGUAACGCGAAACAGGGGAGCACAGCAGUGGAACGACAGAGAGGAGGGGGAGCACCGUCGGUGGCAUGGAGGAGAGGUGUGUGUGCGUCUCUUCGCGGAGGCAGGGCUCUGGGAUGUGGUGUCUGACGGACGCGGAGGGAUGCUGUGAGCUCUGGUAUUAGCAGGCAGCUGCGCACCGAAGCCGCUCUCUCCCCUCCCUCCCUCCCUCCCGUUCCCCAGAAUCGCUGCUCUCCACUCCAGCACCGACCAUUCACUGGAAAAGGGGUAUCUGCUCCACGCGACUCGCUUUCCCCCCCACACACAACCGCCGGCGUCCUGCACGGGGAUUUGACAAACAACCAGGGAGAUGUUUCUUUUCUGGAGGAAGGCAACUGGAUUCAAAUAUAUUAGCGUGUCUUUUCGUGGACUGUGGUCUUAGUGAUUGUGAGCUGGGCGUCCACUGUCAAGCCCAGUUCAGCUGCGCUUGGCUCACUCAAUACCCAACCAACUUCUCUUUUUAUUAGAUGAAAACAAUCGUCCACAGGAUUGCCAUCCAUGGUUUCUGCCCUAAUCAAGACUAUAUCAUCCUACAUUGAAAAGAUUUGCAAAGGAAUGUUUACAAAGAAAUUGGCAAACCCAAUAAAGAAGAAAGAGAGAAGCGAAAAUAAAGAGCCCAAAUUGUCCACUGAUUUGCAAGCACACAAUCUAACACUCUCUACCACACUGAAGACUACAGUUAAAAAGAUUUCCAAAUGCUCUUCGGCACGUAACAUAUCGCUUGAAGAAGACGACGGAAAGAACGACUGCUCAUCCUUGUCACCCACUUUCAGUUAUCGUGUAGCUAUAGCAAAUGGACUCCCGAAAAACCCUAUUUUUUUGAAUAAUAAUGAAAAUUUAUUUCCUGAGGUUCUUUCGAUUGAUAGUAGUUACUCUGACUCCUUGAGUGAGACUAAACCUAUACGGAGACUGGAUGAGCAUAAAUCACACACUAUGCCAGUGAGACGAAACAGGAAGAGCCUCAUCAGUUUGGCUCCCUCUGAUGGCAGUUCUGAGGGUGAACGUGUUGAACGCUCCAGUCUACACACAUUAAGGCUAGGCGCUCUACGCAAGUUAAGAAAAUGGAAAAAGAGCCAGGAAUGUGUGUCCUCAGACUCCGAGGUAAGCAAUUGGCGGAAAACCCUGGGUAUCCGGAGCAAAUCCUUGGACCGUGCUGGACGGCAGCAGAAGAGUUCCACACUAGAGCCUGGCUCUUCCUCCACAGGUUGCAUCAGUCAGACCCAGGAUGUAAUGGAAAUGAUCUUUAAGGAGCUUCAGGGAAUAAGCCAGAUAGAGACAGAACUGUCUGAGCUUCGUGGUCAUGUAAAUGCCCUAAAAAGCUCCAUUGAUGAGAUCUCUAGCAGUGUGGAAGUAGUUCAAAGUGAGAUUGAACAGCUUCGCUCAGGAUUUGUCCAGUCUAGAAGGGAAACGCGUGAUAUCCAUGACUACAUUAAACAAAUUAGCCACCAGGCCAACAAUUCAACACUGCGGUUCCUCAAUGUUCCUGAAGAAAGGUCAGAGAAAACAGAGAAUCUAAUAUACAAAAUACUAAAAGACAAAAUGGGUUUCAUUGACGCCCUUAAAACAAUUAAAAUAGAGCUUGCUCAUAGGUUAGGGCAACAAAGAGAAUGUUCCAACGCGAAACCCCGUCCUAUUAUUGUUAUUUUUGCAACACCCCAAGAUAGGGAUAUAGUUUUGAAAAAAUGCUAUAAACUCAAAGGAACAGGCAUUACAGUCUCCACUGACAGCUUAACUCAUGAUGGAAAAGAGAAAAAAGACAAAACAAUGUCAUCCUCCCAAACCUAUGAAAGCAUGGAUAUCAAGGUCUCAGGAAAGGAUAAAGUAGUGGAGAGUGAUGAUUGGGACUCAAUGGACAGUGAUAAAGAACUGGACGAAUUAAGCAGAAAUAAAUAUGCAAUGGUGAUUUCAAAGCCUGUUCACAAGAGCAAAUCAGACAAGAGGCGAUCUCAUGAUCAUAGCCGGUCAGGAGAUGAAGCAGGAUACUCAGGCACAGUACACUAUGCUGAUGACACUUACUACGACACAGAUAAGCAUGGAAAGGCUUACUACUCCGACCUGACCCCAGGUUGGCUCUCUCAGAGUGACUAUUCCACCCCAAAACUCAGCCGCUCCGAAUCUGACUGUUCAAAACUUUGCCAGUCAUACUCAGAAGAUUUUUCAGAGAGUCAGUACUUUACACGGGCAAAUGGUUGCUCACUGCUGUCAUCCUCAGAUCAGGAACUAUGGCAAAGAAAACAAGAAGACAUGGCAUCCUCUUGGUAUGCUAGCCCAAGUCACACCCUUGGCCAGGAUAAUCAAACUUAUGAACACAACGAGGCUGAGACGACAGAAACAAUUGACAGUGGUGUUAGUAAUGGACUUGUAUGUAUGUCUGGGGAUAGAAGUCACUACAGUGGCUCCCAGCUCUCUUUGCAAGGUGAUCUAUCACCCUGGAAAGACUGGCAUCAUCUGGAACAAGGUGCUGACUCUGGCUUGGAAGCCUCCAUUGAGGUUAGCAGUCCCUUUGACCCAUCAACCAUUCCAGGUUUUCCAGAGAACAUCACUAAAUGCCAGGAGGUUGAUUUGCAGUUUGAAGGAGACGAGGAAUUCAUGAUGCUUGAUAGAGAACCUGCCCUCCCACCUAUUACCACUCACAUUAUUCCUCCCAUCACAGAACGGGAGUCUGUCAUCAAGACAUCUGCUCGGCAGCCUAAAGAGGGAUGUAAGGCAAACGCAAAAGAAAGCACGAAAGUAUCAUCUAAAGAUGCCCCUAAAGGUGCUAAAGUGACACACAAACAAACUAAGCAGGCUCCUAAAGAAGAAACUACCAAAAUAUUGCCAAAAGAAAGUCCCAAGGUAGCUGCUAAGCCUAAGGUGACAUCUAAAACAGCGCCUAAAGAGUCACCUAAAGAAAUUUUGAAAUCAGCAGCUAUACCAUCUCAAGCCCCUCCUAAAGAUAGUCCUAAACUCACCCCCAAAGAUACAACAAAGACCACAAUUAAAGAAGCAUCUAAAGUGACUCCUAAAGUAAGUUCUAGUGAGACUGUCAAAGUCAGUUCUAAGGUGAUCCCUAAAGACAGCCCAAUAAUUACUCCUAAAGAAAGUCCUAAAGAGUCACCUAAAGAGAGUCCUAAAAUAACGCCAAUAAACACCCCUGUCCUGACACCUGCAUCGACCCCUAAAGAGUCCCCUAAAGAGUCCCCUAAAGAAUCUCCUAAAGUCAUUGUUAAAGAAUCCCCACAAGUUGUCUCUAAAGAAGUUCUGAAAGCUACUGCUAAAGAAGUUACCAAAGAAGCUUCAAAACCACCCCCAAAAGAGGUCCCAAAAGAGAUACCUAAAGUACCAUCAAAGGAGAUCAAUAAAGCUCCCAGUAGAGAAGCUGCUAAGACUCCAACUAAGGAAGUUCCAAAUGUAGCCCCUAAAGAGGGCCCUAAAGUGACCCCCAAUGAUACCCUUAAAGCAGCUCCAGCAGUACAAAAAGUAGCCUCUAAAGAUAUUACUAAGGAUAGUCCCAAAUCAAUUCCAAAAGAGAAAUUUCCUGAACUGGAUGUUAAUCAUAGCUUUCACCAGUCCCAGAGUAAGUCUUCAUCCAUGUACCGCAGCCAGAGUGAGAUUCGCACAGAGAAGGUUGAAGAGGUUCCUAAGUCUUGGAGCAGUAGACUCAGUAUAGAUCUCAGUGAAAAGUCCUUUGGUUUUGGCUUUGGAUCCACUCUGCAGAGAGCUAAGUCCGCUCUAGAGGUCGUUUGGAAGUCUGGCGCUCAGAACACACCUGCUCCUCCUGAAGAGCCCACUAACUCCUCAUUUAUGGGGCGUUUCCGCACACUGUCCACAUCUACUACAAAUAACUCCAGUACUACAGCUGAUUCAGAUGAGCCUGUCUUCUCCAAGUCAGAAGAUGAGAAAACAGGUGCAGAACCUGGGGAAGAACCAGUCGACAAUGAGACUCACUAUGUUGAAGUGAUGGAGCAGGUACUAGCUAACUUGGAAAACAGAUCUAAUACUAAUGAGACAGACGAGACCGAUGAGGUUGUGCAAGAGUGUGAGACCUCUCAGGACUAUGACGUAUCUGAUGACACUGAGGCCUUCCAAGACAAUGACGCCUCUCAGGACUUUGAGGCCUCUCAAGAUUUUGAAGUUCCCGAUGACUACGAGGCAAGUAAGGAGGCUCGUGUUCUGGAAUAUGAUUGCAGUUUGGAUGAGCAGUUUGAUGAAGAGUACAAUGAGGAUUAUGAAACCCAACUCACUGAGGACACUACUGAAUAUGAUGCAAUGGUAGAGUAUGUAGAUGUAGAAGAACCAGAUGAGACCGAGGACAAUGAUGUGACAGAGGAGAUGGAAGAGGGUGGCGAGGAUUUAGAGGAGAUAGAGGACAUACCAGAGGAGGCCACUGAGGUGUCUGAAAAAGUAAAACAACAGCAAGAGGAUGAAAACAAAAACGUUCCGGAGGAAAAGCCUGUAGAAGCUCCACCCAAGAAGCGCAUUCGACCCACAUUCAAGGAGGCAGCGCUGAGGGCCUACAGGAAACAGAUGGCUGAACUCGAGCAGCAGAUCCUAGCAGGAGACGCCAGUGCUUUGGAUACUCAGCCUCGCAGUCUUUUGGAUCCCAAAUUGCUCGGCUUGCAGUCUGGAGGGGCUGGCAGUAUUCUUUAUGGUAUUGACAGCAUGCCAGAUUUACGCCGCAAGAGGACAGUGCCUCUUGUCCGAGACCUGGCUUUGACCCUCACUGCUCGAAAGGCAGGCAUCUCGUUCGCUCUGGUGAACCGGUCCACCCUGAAUAAUGAGGACCUGAAACUGCAUGUCUUCAAGAAGACCCUCCAGGCCUUGAUCUACCCCAUUUCAUCCACAACGCCCCACAACUUCGAGGUGUGGACGGCAACCGCCCCCACCUACUGCCAUGAGUGCGAGGGCCUGCUGUGGGGUAUUGCCCGUCAGGGGAUGCGCUGCUCGGAGUGUGGCGUCAAAUGCCACGAGAAGUGCCAGGAUCUGCUCAACGCGGACUGUUUACAAAGGGCGGUGGAGAAGAGCUCCAAGCAUGGGGCAGAAGACAAAACCCAGAAUAUCAUCAUGGCUAUGAAGGAGCGCAUGAAGAUAAGGGAGAAAAACCGCCCUGAAGUGUUUGAAGUGAUCCAGGAGAUGUUCCACAUCUCUAAAGAGGACUUUGCCAGUCAUCUGAAGACAGCCAAGCAGGCGGUCUUGGAUGGAACCUCCAAGUGGUCAGCCAAAAUCAGCAUAACAGUCAUGAGUGCACAGGGUCUACAGGCCAAGGAUAAAACCGGCUCCAGCGACCCUUACGUCACCGUCCAGGUGGGCAAAACCAAACGCAGGACGAAGACCAUCUUCGGCAACCUCAACCCUGUUUGGGACGAGAAGUUCUACUUUGAAUGUCACAACGCUACCGACCGCAUCAAGGUGCGCGUAUGGGAUGAGGAUGAUGACAUCAAAUCACGGGUGAAGCAACAUUUCAAGCGCGAGUCGGAUGAUUUCCUGGGCCAGACCAUCAUCGAGGUUCGCACCCUCAGCGGAGAGAUGGAUGUUUGGUACAACCUAGAUAAAAGGACUGACAAGUCUGCAGUUUCUGGUGCCAUCAGACUGAAGAUCAGUGUGGAGAUGAAAGGGGAGGAGAACGUGGUUCCUCCUCACGGCCAGUACACCUGUUUACAUGAGAACCUGUUCCACUACCUGACCGAGGUGAAGAGCGGCGGGGUGGUGAAGAUCCCGAAGGUGAAAGGGGACGAGGCGUGGAAGGUCUACUUUGACGACGUGUCCCAGGAGAUAGUGGAUGAGUUCGCCAUGAGAUAUGGAGUAGAGUCCAUCUAUCAGGCUAUGACGCAUUUCUCUUGUUUGUCCGCCAAAUACAUGUGUCCUGGAGUGCCAGCAGUGAUGAGCAACCUGCUUGCUAAUAUCAAUGCCUACUUUGCCCACACCACCACCACCACCACAACCACCGCCUCCGCUUCCGACCGAUUUGCAGCCUCCAACUUUGGGAGGGAGAAGUUUGUUAAACUCCUGGACCAGCUGCAUAACUCGCUGAGGAUCGACCUCUCUAAAUAUCGGGAUAAUUUCCCUGCAGGGAACCCAGAGCGCCUCCAAGAUCUGAAGUCAACCGUUGACCUGCUGACCAGCAUCACCUUCUUCAGGAUGAAGGUACAAGAGCUCCAGAGUCCACCGAGAGCCAGUAUGGUGGUGAAGGACUGUGUGAAGGCGUGUCUAGACUCUACGUAUAAAUACAUCUUCGAUAACUGUCAUGAACUCUACAACCAACUCCUCGACCAGAGCCGGAAGCAGGACCUUCCCAGAGAGGAGCAGGGUCCAUCAAUAAAGAACCUGGAAUUCUGGCCGAAGCUCAUCACUCUCAUGGUGUCUGUAAUCGAUGAGGACCGGACGGCUUACACUCCAGUCAUUAACCAGUUUCCGCAGGAGCUGAAUGUGGGCAGGAUCAGUGCUGAGAUCACGUGGAACCUCUUUGCCCUGGAUAUGAAGUAUGCAAUGGAAGAGCACGAUAAGCACCGCCUAUGCAAAAGCACUGAAUACAUGAAUCUUCACUUCAAAGUCAAAUGGUUCCACAAUGAAUAUGUCCGUGACCUGCCGGCCUUCAAGGAUGUUCCGCCUGAGUAUUCGCUGUGGUUCGAGCCAUUCGUCAUUCAGUGGCUUGAUGAGAACGAGGACGUUGCCAUGGAUUUCCUCAAUGGAGCAUUGGAGAGGGACAAGAAAGAUGGAUUCCAACAAACCUCGGAGCACGCCCUCUUCUCCUGCUCGGUGGUGGACGUGUUCACUCAACUAAACCAGAGCUUUGAGAUCAUCAAGAAGCUCGAGUGUCCAAACCCACAGGCUCUAGCCCACUUCAUGUGCCGCUUUGCGAAGACUAUCAACAAAGUUCUUCUGCAGUAUGCUGCAAUCAUAUCCAAGGACUUUCCUCUGUAUUUGAAUAAGGAGAACGUGCCCUGCAUCCUUCUCAACAACAUCCAGCAGCUUCGUGUCCAACUGGAGAAGAUGUUUGAGUCCAUGGGUGGCAAACAGGAGGAGGGGGUUGUGUCCUUCUGUAAGCUGGAUGCGGAGGCCAGUGAUCUGCUAAAGGAGCUGCAGAACAAACUCAACACAGUGCUAGAUGAGCUCAGCGGAGUGUUUGGCUCCAGUUUCCAACCUGUGAUUGAGGACUGUGUGAAGCAGAUGAACCAAGAGCUGGUCCAGAUGAAAGGUACAGCCAAAGGGAGCAACGCCGCCAUGGAUGCAGAGACCGUCCUCCGACCCCUUAUGGACCUUCUGGACAAAAAUUUGAUGUUAUUUGCCAAGAUUUGUGAGAAGACCGUGCUAAAACGAGUCCUCAAAGAGCUCUGGAAAAUCGUGCUGAACACCAUCGAGAGAACAAUUGUUCUACCUCCACUGAAUGACCAGAGUCAGGGAGCUCAGAUGAUCUUCAGUGCUGCCAAGGACUUGGGACAACUAUCCAAACUGAAGGAGCAUGUAAUUCGAGAGGAAGCCAGAAGUCUGACACCGCGCCAGUGUGCAGCCAUGGACCUUGUGCUUCCCACCAUCAAGCAAUACUUCCAUGCUGGAGGAAACGGGCUGAAGAAAACAUUCCUGGAAAAGAGCCCUGAUAUGAAGUCCCUCAAAUAUGCUCUCAGCCUUUACACUCAACCUACAGAUGCCUUGAUCAAGAAAUAUAUAUGCACCCAAACCUCUCAAGGUCAGUCAUCCAAUGGAUCGGUGGGGGAGGUGUCGAUGCAAGUGAAUCUCAUCUCUCACCCUGGCACAGGAGAGCACAAAGUCAGCGUGAAGGUGGUUGCUGUGAACAACCUCAUCUGGCAGACCAACGCCAUGUUCCGGCCGUUUGUAGAGGUCAACGCUGUGGGUCCACACCUGGCUGACAAGAAGCGCAAAUUCAGCACCAAGACCAAGAAUAACAAUUGGUCACCAAAGUACAAUGAAACAUUCCAGUAUGUUCUGAGCAAUGAACACGGUCCGGAGGCCUACGAGCUGCACGUCUCCGUAAAGGACUACUGCUUUGCCCGCGAGGACCGCAUCAUCGGCAUGACGGUCAUCCAGCUCCGAGAGCUGGCCGACAAGGGCACCUGCUCCGCCUCCUACCCGCUGGUGAAGAGCAUCUCCAUGGAUGAAACGGGCCUCACCAUCAUGAGGAUACUCUCUCAAAGGACCAACGACGAGGUGGCCAAAGAGUUUGUGCGUCUCAAGACAGACACACGCUCGGCGGAGGAAGUGUCAUAAUGCGGAGCGUCAUAAUGCAGUAUUACAGGAGUUGCUGUUGUCUUACGUGAGAGAUAGAGAGAAAAAAGACAGAGGGAGAGAUAGAGCGGUAACAGCAUUUGUUCUCUCGGGAUUGAGGCUGAAGCAUGAGAUUGUCCAAAGAGAAGCGGAGGAGGCCCGAAUAUGGCGAGGCAGGAAGAGGGAGAAAGAGAGAGAGUUGUGUUUGUUUGUUUUUUGUGCAUGUGCGUAAAACAUCUGUUGGAAUGUUCAUUUUAAAACUACAGUAUGUACAAGUGUUUACUUACCGUAUGCUUACUAUUAAGUACUAUAUUCUACGAGUUAUGUUAAUGAGACAUGAUACCUUUUGUACAACAUUUAGUCUUUUUGAACAGAGAUUUGUUCCAAUAAAGUGCCAAACCAGUGGAAAAAAAAAGAACUAAAUUAACGUAUAUGAAUUAUGGUGAACUUAGUAUGUUUGAAAUUUGCUCGAUUAUUUUGUCCGGUGUAAGUCAUUUUCUGACCGUGUGGCGUUCUGAUUGUUGCAGAGUCGUUCAUUUUGCACCCUCGUUUCCCGGCUUCACGUUCUUCCACACAGCACUCUUGUGCAUGUCCUCUUCUCGGUCAUGUCUCUCCCAUGAUUCCGCAGUGACCGCCGAGCAGGGUCCUGUCCCCUUGCCUUCAAACUGUUUGUAUUUUAAGUCGACCUGAAAAUAGACCAUCUUUUUUUAAAUGGCGAUGACUGCUAUGUAAACCUUCAUAGGUGUUUGUAAUUUUAUAACCAUGACAACAAUGAUGACAGCCUCCAGUGCUAACAGUCUUAGCAGAAAGGAUGGAAAGUGUUUUCUUUCCUUUGGCUUUUUGUUCUUUCUUUUCGGCCAUCGGCUUCCAGCCUUUCUGAAUGACCACUGUGAACAUGAGCUUUGGAAAGGAAGCUUACAUGACAUUACUGACAGUUUGAUAUUAUUGUUUCAUAUUUUCCGAUAACUUUGUUCCUGAUAAACUGCCAAAGUUAUAUAAAAUGUUUGUACAAAAGCAAUCCAUUACAUGUAUGAAGAUAUAUAUGUACAUGUGAUCUAUUACUUUUUUCAAUGCUUAAUAUCUGAUUGUUGAUAGGGUGGUACUAAGAUUUUAUUUUUUUUAUUUCCUGUGAAGCUUUUAACGAAUAUGAAAGUUGCACAUGUUACUUUACACAUUAGUUCUAUCAGCUUCUGUCAUUGGAAUUAUUUUUCUUCAUAAAGGAAAGAGUCUAACAUUUGGUAAAUAUGCAACAUUCCUAUGUAUUGCACUGAUGGGCGAAUUGUAUGUCAUGUAAAUAUAUUUAGUGAGAUAUUGUACAAAAGUCUACUUUUCUUCUAUGUGCAUAAAGUAUGAUCAAAUGUG